AUGGCGGACGGGGACUACGGCAGACAAAAGAAGCUCGCUACAGUCUAUGUAGUCGUAGUUGGCGGUGGUGGAGUCGGAAAAUCUGCCCUGACAAUCCAGUUUAUACAAGCUUAUUUCGUUGACGAAUAUGAUCCAACAAUCGAAGACUCGUACCGAAAACAAUGUACCGUAGACGAUGAACUCGCCUUAUUGGAUGUCCUGGAUACAGCCGGCCAAGAAGAAUACAGUGCAAUGCGAGAACAAUACAUGAGGACAGGAGAAGGAUUCCUAUGCGUCUACUCAAUCACAAACCGAAACUCUUUUGAAGAAAUAACCACCUUCUACCAACAAAUCCUACGAGUAAAAGACCGAGACUAUUUCCCAUGUGUUCUAGUUGGCAACAAGGCUGAUUUAGAAUCGGAACGACAAGUGUCUGUUGAAGAGGGCAGGAAACUGGCCCGAGAUAUUGGGUGCAAGUUUAUAGAGACGUCUGCUAAGAAGAGGUUGAAUGUGGAUGAGGCUUUUUAUGCGUUGGUUCGUGAAGUGAGCCAGCCGACACGUCGUUCAUGUUUCGCUUCGCAGCAACGUAGAGCUUACGUGCCAACACAGCUCGCAAACAUGGCAGCAACAGCAACCAUUGAGAUACCAAUCCGUAUACGACAGCUGUUAUCUGUUGGAUCUAUUCGCGUUGUCAUUGAUGAACUGCUGAAAUUCGUAUUAUUUACUAGGUCGCAAGUGCCAUCUACUGUAGAUCAACUCAUCAAACGCACCACCACAAAUCAACCCAACAACAGUCGAAACACCAAAGCUUUACAAUUUUCAAACUCUUUUCAAUCCGUAGCUGAGACAUUGCAUAAUGCUCUACACGAAUUCUUACAUCAACCUACUGACGAUACCACCACCACUACAACAUCACAACUACCUACAGUAUUACUGGUCUUUGGAUCCAGCAUCACAAUGCCGAAAGAAAUCUGGAGGAUCUCAUUACGUGACUGCUUCAAACGCGACAUGCAAAUCGCAGAUAUAAGUGAAGGCGAUGUGAGGAAGAUGAUGAUGGGGUUGGUGGAUUCGUGUAGUGGGAUUGACAGUCUUGAAGAUCUUGGUCUAUCAAAAUGCCAUAUCGUAAUCCAUGCACCGCGUGUGCCAGAUACGUGCCCAGAAGGACUGGUGACUAUGGAACGAUUCGCGAUCAGGAAGCAGACUGUUGUGCUGGAUUUGGUUUUGAGUUGUCUGGAUUUGGAAGAUGAGUAUCCUGGUGGGGUUGAGGAGGCUGAGAUGGAAGAUUGGUUAUAUUAUCGAGUCAAGAUGGGGAUAUCUGGUAUAUCGAAUUGA